GGAUAUACGAUUAUUUCCAAGAUUAUAGUUUAACAUAUCCGCGAUUCUUAUGAUAAUCUUAUUGGUGUAAGACAUGAAUGUGUCUAGUUGAAAAGUGAUUUUCUGUCCUUCAUGGAGACGCCAUCUUUAGCAUUAGUGUUAUAAGUCAUUCGUGUAAAAGCUGGAUGGCUGUAUUAAUUAUUACCAAUGUAAAUUGAUUGAAGAAAAGAUUAUUUAUCAUUUUAAAUCGUGAUUAUUUUGUCGAAAAAUGUAUUUAAUAGAAAUAAGAAAAGAAACGAUCGGAUCGUGCAGUUGACUUCCGUAGUACCGUGUCAUGCGUCUACGAUAUCUGAUCGACGUGUAGCGAAUACGUAGUAGAUUUCGGUGCGUGUCGUCACGCUGGUGAUGUUAAUAUCGUUUUCGAGUACGAAUUUUUCUGAAAACGAUAACAUCGAUAAACAGUUUUGCGUUUCGUGUGACAGGGUGAUCGAGGAAGCAAAGGUCGAUCCAUCGUUAAUUAGUACAGCCGCCAUCUUGAUAUAUAGGUAACGGAACUAUCGGAAUGACGAUACGACGCAGCACGUCAUAAUGGAAUACUACUUCGAGAGAACGCGCGUAAAGUUUACCACGUGCAUCCUAUGCUAUCCAUACAUUAAAUCUUAGUGCCGUUCACGCUGUCACGCUGUAACGGGUUCAUUGAUACCGUUCGUCUUUCAUGCUUUUGCCAAAGCCGUUAUAGAUUUUGUGCUCGACUACCAAAAUGCAUUGCGUUUAAUCGGAGAAUCGUGGAAACGGACCGACGUUCGCGCGCGCCGAUUAAUAAGGCGCGGUAAUAUUAUUCGAAUGAGAGAACAAAUUAAUAGAAACGUUUGAUUUAAUUAAAUAUUUCGUUAAAUGAGAUAAGAUUUUCUUCUAAUGAUCGAAACGCGAAUUCCUUUCUCUUUGGAACGUACGAAAAGGCAUUAUGGGUGAACAUGGAACGACGGAAAUUGACCGUUGAUUUUUGGAUUGGUUAAUAAAGCGCCUUUUUAUUCUAUAGAGCGAAUGUGUAUGAUUAUUAUAUGCGUGUUAUAUGUCGUACACCACCGCCCGUCAUAUUUUAAUAUUAUAAAUAGGUACCAAAGAAAACUUGUGCUGGUUUCUUCCCGAACUCUCUCUUUCUCUCUCUCUAUCUCUCUCUCACACUUUCUCUCUCUCUUUCUCUUUCUCUCUCUCUCUCUCUUUCUCUCACUUUCUCUCUUAUUCAUUCUACCUGAGUCUCCUUCCGCCUCUCAAUUUCUAAGCCUUAUUGUUCAUGUUUUUCAAUAACAAAUUGACGCAUUAUUUUUUAAUAACAAGCUGACACAUUGUUUUAGUUAUAAUUUGUUUUGAUGAAAUAAAACGGAAGGGAUAUUAUUUUUUUACCACGUGGAUCUGUAAAGAGAUGUGACCUUUGACGAACGUUCAAUGAAAAACUUCCCAUAAACCUUUUUCUUUACUUUCCUUCUUAUUUCUUCUUAGUAAAAAUUUGUAGAUAUCAUAUUUUUUCAUGUUAAAAGAAAUAUUAUCGUUUGUCGUAUAACGUGUUUGUGACAAGUCAGAAUUGGCGCGUUUAACUUCGCGUUAGUUCGUGAGCGUUCGUGUAGUGUUCAUGGAGAGGGAAAUGAGGGAGGGGGGUCAGGUAUCACGGAAGGAACUACGGAACAGGACCAUUCGGUACGUCGCGUAAGAAUGCGUAGCCAUUGUUGGUGCUGCGAUCGUUAAGUUUCUAGAUCCGAGAUCGUAAUGGGCACGGAAAGGCUUCCAGCGGUGCGAGUAUUUAGGAAAAUGUCGACGAAGCUCUACACGACCUAUUAAUAUAUUGGCGCGAGAGACGAUCGUCCUCAUUAGUUUGUGAGUUUUGGGACUGUAGUAUACCGUAAACGCAUCGCGGUCGUCGUAGGAAGCAGUAUCAGCAACAACGACGACGACGACGACGACGACAACGACGACAACGACAACGACGGCGGUGUCGGCGGUGGUGGCGGUGGCGGCGGCGGCGGCGGUGGUGGUGGCGGUGGCAGUAGCGACAGCAACGGCGGUAGCGGCAGUGCCAGAAGUAACAAGAGUGGCAGUUAAUAGAGUAAAAGAGAGAACUGCAAAGAGCAGUAAGAGCGUACGCCGCGUUGUUGUAGGCGCGCAUACGAGAUCGUGCCGUGGAUUCGUUCGUUUUACACCAGUGAGAGUGAGUGAGCGAGCGAGUGAGCGAGUGAGUGAGUGAGUGACACGACGGUGGGGUAUACUCGCCGUAUCGGCCGCGACGAAGGUAGUAGUGGCGGUGGCAGUCGCAACGAUAACGACGAUUACUACGACGAGGACGGUGGCGGUGUCGGUGGCGGUGGUGGAGGUGGUGGUGGUGGUGGUGGUGGUGGUGGCGGCGGUGGCGGUGGCAGCCAUAACAGCGAGGCAACCAAACUAGUAAGCAGGGAGAAAGCGUAGUGCCAGUGUCCGAGCCGUAGUGGUGUAGUGUUUUAUCGCGAUUGAAUACCCGAAGGAAAAGUGGACUCGGAACGAUCAGAUGUUGCUAGUAUCGCGAGUAUUGGCUGGAGGUACGGAGACUCACAGCAGUGUACAGGGCUGACAUUCAAAGUACUACCAUUUGGUAGGCUUGAGUAGUGUUAUGCCUCCUCGGCAUCAAUCUCCCUGGUUGCAGUGCAAUUGUCUCGGCAAGCGAUUAGUGAGCUACCAUGCUCAAUUCAGAAUAUUUACUUGCCAUCUCAAUUGUUGAUGAAGCCUCAUAGCGUCGAGCAUCAGCGUAAGGCAGUUACCUGCUGCAUAGCAUUUAUGUACCAUAUAUGUCUGAAAGAAACGGAGUCAAGAUGCAGCAGGUGGACACUAUUUCGCAAAAUAAUUCGUUAGAUGUGGAGGAGCGAGAAAGGCUGUGUAAUAUACCGAAGACAAGUGCACCUGGUAAGGCAUCAGCUACACCAGCUCCACCAGGGAAAGAACCACCUCCUCGUGAAGAGCCAACAGUGGAACCUGUAAACGGUGUAGUGCAACCACCCGUUGUUCCACCUCCUAAUCGUCCAGGGCGAGUUACAAAUCAAUUACAAUUUUUGCAAAAAGGUGUAUUGAAACCAGUAUGGAAGCACCAAUUUGCGUGGCCCUUUCAACAGCCUGUGGAUGCAAAGAAACUCAAUCUGCCAGAUUAUCACAAAAUUAUCAAGCAACCAAUGGAUUUGGGCACAAUAAAAAAACGGUUGGAAAAUACGUAUUACUGGAGCGGCAAAGAAUGUAUCCAGGAUUUCAAUACGAUGUUUACCAACUGUUACGUUUACAACAAGCCAGGAGAAGAUGUUGUAGUUAUGGCACAAGCACUCGAAAAAUUGUUUCUUACAAAGGUUGCACAAAUGCCAAAAGAAGAAGUGGAACUCGAUCCCCCAGUUCCAAAAGGGCCAAAAGGGAAAAAAGCUGGCAGAGUAGGAGGACCAGUUGGUGGAAUGGCAGGAACAACUGGAAGUACAGGAAGAGGUCGUCCUUCCUCGGUAGCAGCGGCUGUUACAUCCAGUGUACCAAAUAGUUUGGCACCUUCGGCUACAUCAGCGGGUACAACAGGUGUCAUACCUAUGCCUCCUCUUGGUACACAAGCACCUGCUUCUGUACCAGGCAGUACGAAUACAACUACCAUUGCUCCGCCAUCGAGCAUGGGUGUCACUCCAAUGGCCACUCACAAUUCUCUGCCUCAACAAGUCGUACCUCCAACGGGUGGUUACCAUGCGCAGCCAGCGAUGGAUCCACAGACGGCUUCUGCUGUACCACCUCCACCUCAGGUUCCCACUGCUCCAACUGUAAUGCCUCCAUCUCAACCAGCCAAAUUGAAAAAGGGAGUGAAGAGAAAGGCUGAUACUACAACCCCUACAGCUAAUUCAUUUGAACCACUAUAUGCUCCAUUGGAUUCUAAGAAUGCUAAAAUUCCUGCAAGACGAGAAUCUGGUAGACAGAUUAAAAAGCCAACGAGGCAAGGGGAAGACGGCUUAGUGCCAUUCCACCAGGCCAACAUGCCCCUGAUUGGGGCAAUGGCCCAACAGCCUCAACAUACAGGUGGUAAAUCCAAGGAAAAGCUUUCAGAAGCACUUAAGUCUUGCAAUGAGAUCUUAAAAGAAUUAUUUUCUAAGAAGCAUUCGGGUUACGCAUGGCCUUUCUAUAAGCCAGUUGAUGCAGAACUAUUAGGUCUGCAUGACUAUCAUGACAUUAUUAAGAAACCGAUGGAUCUUGGUACUGUAAAGAAUAAAAUGGACAGUCGCGAAUAUAAAACGGCCCAGGAAUUUGCUAGUGAUGUGAGGCUUAUAUUUACUAAUUGUUAUAAAUAUAAUCCUCCUGAUCAUGAUGUCGUUGCAAUGGCUAGAAAACUUCAGGAUGUAUUUGAAAUGAGGUACGCAAAAAUUCCUGAUGAACCUAUGGGAGGUAUGUCAGGAAUGAAAGGUAGCAGUAGUAGUGCAAGUAGUUCUGGUACCGAAAGUUCUUCCGACAGCGACGAUUCUGAAGAAGAACGUACACAAAAAUUAGUUGCUCUUCAACAAGAGCUUAAAGCAAUGCAAGAACAAAUGAGAAAAUUAGUAGAAGAAAGUGGUAAAAAGAAGAGCAAGAAGAAGAAGCCGGACAAACCAAAAUCAAAGCCAAUGAGCAAUAAAAGUAGUAGCCUCGUUGGUAGUCAUACUGGUGCCAUGAAAGAACUUAUGAAACCAAGUGGUGGAAUUCCCAGUGUGUCUGAUAGUGUUGGUACUAGUAUAGCUAGUGUUGCAAUGGGCGCAAGUGAUCUAAAAAUACCUGGUGGUAUGGGUGGUGAUCUCCAUCAUCCAGCAAUAGCAGUAGGACCAAAUAAAACACAUACAACAGGAAGUUUAGGUCAUCAUUUGCCAACAGCGACGAAUGCUAAAUCAAAAGGUAAAGGAAGAGGUCCUGGAAAAGCUACUGCAGCAAAUACUGCGAACAAAAGGCCGAAAGCGAAUAGUAGAUCAAGUGGGAAUAAAAAGAAAUCGAUCAAUCAACCACCACCAAUAACAUUUGAUUCUGAGGAUGAAGAUAAUGCAAAACCGAUGUCUUAUGACGAAAAGAGACAACUUAGCUUGGAUAUCAACAAACUGCCUGGAGAUAAACUAGGUAGAGUUGUACACAUAAUACAGUCUCGGGAGCCUUCGUUGAGGGAUUCAAAUCCAGAUGAGAUUGAAAUCGAUUUUGAAACUCUAAAGCCUUCCACAUUAAGAGAGUUGGAAAGCUAUGUUGCAUCAUGCCUCAGGAAAAAACCACAUAAAAAAGUUAGUGGAAAAUCUAAAGAUGAGCAAAUAGCAGAGAAAAAACAAGAAUUAGAAAAGAGGUUGCAGGAUGUAACAGGUCAAUUGGGGAAUGUGAAGAAAACUGCUAAGAAAGAAGACAGUAGUAAGUCAGUCGACGUAGUUGGUACUGGAGGAGCCAGUGGGCCUUCACGAUUAUCCGCUUCAAGUAGUAGUAGCAGUGACAGUGAUUCGAGCAGUAGUUCACUUUCGUCGAGCACCAGUGAUUCGAGCGACAGUGAAGCAGGAAACUCCUCCAGUCGUCCACCUAGAAAGAAGAUGAAGAAGAAUGCUCAAAGUGCACCACCUCCAACAACAUCGACAACUGUUGCUCCGGCACUCAAUCAUACUGGAGGUCUAUUAAUGAAUAGUCAGCCAACAGCAAAUUCUACGGGACCAAUAGUAAAGGCAGCAUCGGUAACUCAAUCUAGCAAUAUUCCUGCCGAUCAAGGUGGCAACAGUCAGCAACCUGUAGCCGUAGCUGCUGUUACAGCAAGUCAAGGGAUGCCUGUGGCAAGUCAUGCAUCUAUGCCCGCGCAACCUCCACGACCAACAGCACUGGCAACAGCUGCACCAGUUAAAAAGCCAACGCCGCCACCUCCGACUACUUCUAAUCCUCCGACUCCGUCAGUAUCCGUACCAACACCACCACCAAGUGUUACUCCAACAAAUACGAACUCUGUGGUGGCAUCACCGGUUGUGCCUCAGGCGCCACAGCCUCCAACGUCUGUUAAUUCUUAUCCAAAUGCUAAUACGCCUGUUCCAACGGAUGGAACAACAUUAAAUCAACAAGCGGACCUUUUGCAGCCAUAUAGUACUCUAGCUUCUGUACCUACGACACAAACAUCAUUGGAUCAAGGUCUUUCUAUAAAGAAAGAAUCACAUAUAUCAAUGAUACCAACUCUUCAUACAAGUAAUAAUACCAAUUUAAAUUUACUGCCAGAUGUUAAAAAUCCAGUUAAUAUGAUGCCUACGAAUAUGGCAUCGAAUCUAAAUCUGGGAAAUAUAAAUAUGGCUAAUUUGAACAUGAAUUUACAACAAGGAUUGGCGACACAUAUGUCAAUGCAUAAUCAAUUGGAAAAUAUGAUAAAUACAACAUCACCAUUGACCAACAUACAAAAUACGCAUAAUGUUACGAUGUCGCAACAUUCUAAUGGCUUUCCAAGUAUAAAACGUGAAACUUCCCCACCAAAUAUGUUGAAUAACAAUGGCAUUCCAGGAGUUAAUGUAGGAAUGAAUAUGGGAGGAAUGGGAUCGAUUUUUGAUCCUGUUCCUAUAGUUUCCAUGCCAAUGCAAAUUUCACAAAUACCUAUAAAGAAAGAAGAAAAACAGCCUCUUCCUAUUUCGCAGCCACAAAUUGCACAAAAGGCAAUGGAUGGAGCUCUUUUUGCAGAAAUGAAUGCGUUAGGUUUACCACCUAUGGGCAAUCAUUCGAGUUCUCAGCUCAUGCCCGAAAAGAAAAUGACGCCACCCGAUUCAAAAAAUCCUGCUUCAAACUUUGCGUCAGCUUUUAAGAACAAGACCGUUGAACAAAAUGUAAAGAAUGCAUCUUCUUGGUCUUCGUUGGCCCAAGCAUCGAGUCCUCAAUCUACUGCAGGAAGUAGUAUGAAGAGUGCUGCCAGAGAUUCUUUCCAAGCGUUCAAAAAACAAGCCAAAGAAAAGCAAGAUAGGCAAAGGGCACUAUUGGAACAACAGGAAAUGCGCAGACAGCAAAAGGAACAGGCUGAGAGAGAACGAUUGCGACAAGAAAAUGAAAAGAGAAGAGAACGAGAGGAGGAGGAUGCCUUGGAGAAAGUAAGAAAAAAUGUUGGUGAUCAACAAGGUAACGCGAUGACUGCCACGACGAGAGCGGAAGAAGUGAAAGCCAUUGUUGACACGGAUAGCAGUAGUCCAAGUCAUUCGUCUAAUCAGGAUAAAGCUGCUGCCGAAAGAGAACGGCAAAGGCUACGGGAACAAGAACGGAGACGGCGCGAAGCGAUGGCUGGCGCGAUUGACAUGAACAUGCAAAGUGAUUUGAUGGCUGCAUUUGAGGAAUCAUUAUAAUGUUACUAUUCGCUGCUCAUAAUAAAUCCAUUGAAACCGGGCAGGACUUGGAUGAAUAUUUGCCGCUGGACGAUAUCUACAGAGACAUUUUAAUAAUAUACGGUAUCUCGUUGAAUUAAAUCUAGAAAGAGAAAAAAGAGAGAGAGAGAAAGAGAGAGAUAGAGAAAGAAAGAAAGAAAGAAAACAAAAACAGAGAACCGUCACGUAAUUGUAAUGCCAAUUAAAAAAAGGAGAGAGAGGAAGAGGGUGGGUUAGAUGGAGGAAAGAAGGA